UUUUAUUAACCAUCUGAAUUUGGAUUAGAAAAUGUCUACUAUGUUCAAAAACUUCUGACUGAUUGCUGUAUUUGCUCUUUAUGUAUCACUGUAAACAUUUACCCAUUUUCCAAGGCUUGGAAAAACUGGUCAAGGAUUACUUGUGCACACUGCUUGCAGUGUGUGUUUUCCUGUGUUGGCAUUUUUGUUAAAAGUCAGCAGCAGAAUGGAUAAUAUGUAAGAAUAUGUAUGUGUCCUAAAUAGAUUGUGAACCAUAAUGUAAAGUAGCUGUCAGAGGGGGUUUCCCUCUUACUAAAGUGGUAUUUUCAUCUCUGUUUUUAUAUCAUAAGGAAUGCUCUAUUUCACACAGACACCCUUCCAUUUUCAGCUCUUUGUGCAUCUAUCUCUCUGUGACUUUCACAUGAACUGGCAGUACUCUCCGUUCAGCUUCGUGAGGCAAUCAGUGUUGUUACUCCUAUAGUGACUAUAGUAAAGGAUAUCCAUGGAAUCGUUUCUUGCAUUCUUAAUUUUAUUUUUAUUAUUUGAUCGUAUUUAAAAAUCUAAAGUGGUUUGGAAUAGUGUUAUGAAGUUAAUGGUUGUAUGAAUAAGCCUUAAUUUUAGCACUAUAAAGGACAUUUCCUUUCUCUGCAUUCACACAAUAAUCAUACUGCACACUUGCUUAUACCAUGUAGUGUACUUUGUACCAUGGAGUAGAAGACUUAAGUCACAGAAGACAUUUCCUUUCUCUGCAUUCACACAAUAAUCAUACCACACACUUGCUUAUACCAUGUAGUAGAAGACCAAGGCACAGAAGUUAGCUUGUUCUGUCUAAAACCCUGCAUAUCAGCUGGUCUCUUGCAGCUACAAGGACAAGUACAGCAUCUUCAUCUAUCAACAAGCAGGAGGCUGUUCAUAGCAAGGAGGCUAGAAGUCUUAGGCAUGCAUUUGCUUUAUAAAGCAAAUAUAAUUCAGAUUGCUAAAAUACUGACUAGAGCUGUAGGGUUAAUUCUGCAUAUUCCUUCUCUCCUGGCAGAUGCCAUUAAUAUUACUGAUGCCUAUGGAUAGUUAAAUGUUGAGGUUUUCAUUAAAAAUCCAAUUACAGGUGAAUACUCUACAACUAUUGCUGUUUUAUUCAUUUAUUUCAUUUAUUGUCUAUCUUUCCAUUUGAGAUUCUAGGCAUAUUACAAAACUACAAGAACUACAGUAAAGAUGAGAAUAAUACCUCCAAGUGUAAUACAUCCAACAAACAAUGCAAUAAAACUGGUUUAGGCAGAUGCCUUGGGCAAUAAAAUGUCAAAAAGAGGAUUCUCAAAAAAUAAGACACUUGAUUCUAUACUUAAUGUUGAGAUGGUGAAACAGAAGAAGCCUGAAGAAAUAAAACAGAUAUGGAGGCAAUAUUUUUCUGCAGAAGAUACUGUUUAUGCCGUUAUUCCUGGGAAGACUUUUGAUUUGAUGUGGAAGCGAGCCCAGAAUUGCCCAUCUUUUCUUUUUGCAUUGCCAAGGAAGGAAGGCUAUGAGUUUUUUGUUGGUCAGUGGUCAGGAACAGAACUCCAUUUCACUUCUCUCAUAAACAUUCAGAGCCAAGGUGAAGCUGCAACUAGUCAACUGAUCCUGUACCAUUAUCCUGAGUUUCAGGAGGACAAGGGAAUUGUACUGAUGACAGCAGAAAUGGAUUCUAGUUUUUUGAAUGUGCCAGAAGCUCAGUGCCUAGCCAGCCAGGUGCAACUCUUUUAUGCAACAGACCGACAGGAGACCUACGGUUUAGUGGAAGCAUUCAACCAUCAGCCUGAUCAAUUUAAAUACAUGUCUGUAAUCACUGAACUUGAGCAGAGCAGGCUUGGGCAAGAACUGAAACCUGAGCAGGACCCACCAAUGCCUACUGCUUGAGGAAUUCAGUAGCCUUGAGCCCACACAAGAGAUAUUGAUGAGUUGAUAGUGUCUUGGCACUGGCAUUGCUCUGUUGUGAAAGGAGCCAUGCUUGCAUCUGAUGGGAAACAGAAUGUCAUUUUACAAAGUGGAGCCAUUCAGGCUGUGAGCCCUAUGGAGGCACUUUGGCAGUCUCACCUGGCUAAAUUAAGUACUUCCUCCAUAACAUAAUUCUGAUCGGCAGAAGAAAUGAAGGAAAUUACCUUCAGCCAUUAACAUAUAUCAAUGUUCACCAUGUUGUGUUUGACAUUGCCCUCACCACUACACAAAUCAGUGAAUUUCCACUUUUGUGAAGAUUCUAAGUAUCUCCUGUUAAUUCAGGAAAGACAAGAGAAGGAGAAGGUGAGCUGAAAGGGACUCUUGUCAAUUUAAUGUGGUGAUGAGUUCUUACACAUGCUGUAUUUCAUUAUUCUUAUUUGUGCAGCAUCAAUAACGUAUGUGAUAUUUUACAACACAAGAAAAAGGACUGGUCUCUACCCUUUGAAGAAAGGUAAAAUUAGUUUUUUUUAAAAAAGGAAGGGAGAAGAAAUGCAAAAUGCGUGUCUUUGGAAAUCAGUAAAGCAUCACCAAAAAUACCAACCAUCUUGCAUCAUGUGGAACUGAAAACAUUGAGUGGUCUUUUGUUUUUCAAUUAGAGUUUAGUUAAGGCUGUUCUUCACGAAAGAGCUUUGAGUUCCUACAGUAUUGUUGUAAUCAGAUAACUUUAUUAAUAGCUGUGAUCUAUUGCUUUCAGCCAUUAAAGUGCCUUUAUGAGAUACUAUCAAAUUGCCAUUGAAACAAAAAAAAACCCCUUGUAGCCUAUUCUCAGCUUUGUGAUCAUUAGAACUUUGCUCAUUGUUAAUUUGUGAAAUUGGCUAGACCUCUUUCUUCCCUGUCCCCAGGGCUUUUUUUCAGCCGGAACAGUGUUCUGGCACCUCUUAAAAAUACCCACAUGACUGGGUAUUUUUAAGAAUUUUUAAAAUGCCUGUUUUGGCCAUUUUAGGCCCAUUUUGUCCCAAUUCGAGCCAGAAAUGGCCAGGAUCCGGCCGCUGGCAGCAACGUCACGUGACAUCGCGCAAAACUCGUGCGAGAAAACGCGAUAUUUUGCAUUUUCCGUGGCACGAUCCACAACAUUGCGGCAUGGAGUGGCUUCAGGUAAGCCAUCUGGAAACAGCCCUGGUCUAUUCGGGUCCGAUCUGGGCCAUUUUGGGCCUGUUUCAGCCAAAUUCAGGCCUGAAAUGGCCAGGAUCGGGCCGCUGACGGGCAGGGGAGGGAUCCCUCAUGCGACAGUGGCCCAUUCCAUGCUGACUUGGGCCCAGUCCCAGCUGUUUCUGACCCAAUUCAGUCCAAUUUGAGCCUGAAACAUCCAAGAUCAGUCUGCUGCCGGGCAGCAGCAUGCUCUCCCAUGCAGCAGUGGUGCAUUCCAAGGUAUAUGUGUCUGAAUUGGGCCCCCUGUGGAGUGUGGGAGCGCUACUGGGGCAGCCACGGCCUACGUGAUGACAUCAUUUCCCAGAAGUGACAUCAUAGUGCAGUCCUGGGAGUGCGCGCACCCUUUGUUCCGCCACCCCUUUUCCCAGAAAAAAAGCCCUGCCCCAUUUCACUUGAGGCUCAGAUUUGCAUUUGGGAACCUGGAAUGAGAGAGGGACACGCAUUAGGUUUAGGAAGUUAUAGUUACAGUUCAUUCUGGUAUUCUGUAGGUCAGAUAUUACUUCCUAUCUAUGGAAGACUGAAUGGGAAGAGGGGAGAAUCCGGAAAAGCCAAAAGUUGGCUCCUUUCUCAAGCUCAGUUAAGAAAUUGAUUCCUGUUCCAUCCCUUAGAUAUAUAGUUAAAGGGCCAGUGGCAUCUAAUAAGAUUACUUUGGCCAAGUGAAGAGAGUAAGGAGGAAAAUGUUUGAUUUGGGGAAUAUAUUUUCUAAAAUCAAAUUGUGAAUUUGAAUCAUACAUUCUGUGUCCAAGUGUUUUUAGUCCAUGGUUUGUUACUCAUUCUGCCAAGGAAAUAUUAAUUCUGUGUCUAAGAUACUUUAUUCAAAACAUAAUCCUAUCCUAUACUUUGAAAUAACUUGCUUAAAUUCUUGGAUUUUUUUCCCUUGGAAAACCAAAGUAUCACAAUACCUCGAUGAAAACUAGUGGUGAAAAGAGAAGACCCUUUUUAAAGAAAUCAACUUAAUUAAUCAUUUAUGUUUGAUUUAAAUCUGCAUGUAUUUGUGUAUGAAUAAAUACGUAAUGGUGG